GUAUCGUUUUGUGUUUUUGUUGGUAUGAGAAUGAUUUUGAGUGUGUGUAAAAUUGCACGAAUAUAUCUGAUACGGCUCGAAAAAGAAUUCAUAAGGAUAAAGACCUGGGAGCUAACUAAGAAGUCCUUUUUCGAUUUCUUACCUUACUCAAAAUGGCCAAACGAACAAAGAAGGUAGGAAUAGUUGGUAAAUAUGGUACAAGAUAUGGUGCCUCCCUCAGAAAAAUGGCCAAAAAAAUUGAGAUCAGUCAGCAUGCCAAAUAUACAUGUCAAUUUUGUGGAAAAGAUGCUUUGAAACGAACUGUAGUUGGUAUUUGGAAGUGCAAAGGAUGUCGUAAAGUACUAGCUGGAGGUGCCUGGGCACCAAGCACAUCUGCAGCCGCUACAGUACGAAGUGCAAUUCGUCGUUUAAGAGAAAUGCAGACAGUUUAAAAAAAAGAUAAAUUAAACCUUUA